UUUUUGUCCUGUUCAAAUUUUUUCUUUAUGUUGUAGGGAUUUUUUUCUAAAUUUAGCUAUGCUGUCAAACGUUCUCUUCACUAACAGCAAAAAUCUAAACAAACGGCGUUUUUUACGAACAAAACAAGAAAAGUAUUUUGCAACAGUUCCUGGACUACGAGAACAAUUAACAAAUCAAAGCGAGCUUAGUCAUUGGCUUGUUGGUUCAUGUGCAUUAGAGCUUUUUGGUAAUCAUCGUCUUGCGGACUUUUUUAAAGAUGAUUUUGAUGGACGAGGAGUUAUUUGGCGUUUUCAAAUGUACAACAAAAGGGUGAAGGGAGAUAAGGACCGCAUACGGAUGCAUGGGAGAUAUUACAACAAUAUUUAUUUGGGAAAACGUAUCUUUGGGCCAGCGCGUAAACAAGUGUUUAUGUACACUAUCGUGGGUGGCAUGGAGCGUCGCUUUGAGAUUGUUGACAAUCAAGUUAAUCACAUCCAGUUCACCCAUGAGCAUUCAGACAAGUUUGUUGAAAAGUGCAGGAACCAAAGCAUUAAAUGCAAAGAUCAAUCACGUGUUAUUCUUAGUUACCCCGAAGAGCCGUCGUUAGAUUCUUUUAUUCAUGCUAAUUGUGUCAACUCGCCACUACUUUUCAAUGAUUUUAUUAUUACUCAGGCACCUAUGGACAAUACCAUUAAGGAUUUUUGGCGGAUGAUUUGGCAGGAGCGUGUUUGCUUCAUUUUUAUGCUUAUUAGUCGGAGCGACACUCGUCGUUGCGCUAAAUAUUGGCCUGAGACUGUUUCUUCGAAUCCGUUUCAGUUCCAUGGGUUAGUUAUUUGGAACGAGGGCUUUGAGCCAUCGGGAUCGCGAGACCCUUUCUUCAAUGUUACAAAGCUGAGGAUUGUUGGCCCAAAUGACAAGGAGCUUCGUCUCGAGCACUGGCAAGGCGACUUAAAUAACUCACAGGAUUUGGAUGCGCCUCUACGUCUACUUCGACUUUCUAGGACUUGUACAACUCCUACUGUUAUUCACGACCAUUUGGGAAUUAGCCGAGCGGCAUGCCUUGUUGCAAUCGAGCUUACCAUAUGUCAACUUCUUCGCGGGCCUAUGCACAAAGUUUGUAAAAUGCGCGCAUUGUUUGUAUAUUUAUUUUUUAUUUCAGUAUACUGUCCAGCAGUCGGUUCAUUAUUUGCGGUUUUUCCGCCCUUUUUCUGUGGAGACACCAAUGCAAUAUAUCGUUUGUUUUUCCAAUGUUUUGUGUAUUUUAAACGAAUUCUAAUUCAGUUUAUCCAUCGAGUUGUUCAACAUUUUUUGCGACCUUUUGUUGGUAUUCCAGAUGGUUUUGACCAGGACUAUGUGCGUUGGAUGGAUGAGCGUUCACAGCGUCUUUUUAUCGAUAGUAUGAACUCGGAGGUUUGA